CAAAAAGAUCCACACAGGGGAGAAGCCAUAUAAAUGCAUGGUGUGUGGAAAGAUCUUUGCUCAAAGCCAUUAUCUUGCUUCCCAUAAAAAGAUGCACACAGGAGAAAAACCAUAUAAAUGCAUGGAGUGUGGAAAGAACUUUGCUGCCAGGAGUGGACUUACUAUCCACAUAAGGAUCCAUACAGGGGAGAAGCCAUUUAAAUGCAUGGAGUGUGGAAAGAACUUUGCUCAAAUAGGUACUCUUAUUUCGCAUAAGAUGAUUCACACCGGGGAGAAAUCAUACAAAUGCACUGAGUGUGGAAAGAUCUUUGCUCACAGCAGUGUACUUCGUUCCCACAAAAAUAUACACACAGGAGAGAAACCAUAUAAAUGCAUGGAAUGUGGAAAGACCUUUGCUCAGAGCAGUGGACUUCGUUCCCACAAACAAAUGCACACAGGAGAAAAACCAUACAAAUGCACAGAGUGUGGAAAGACAUUUGCUCGUAGAAGUAGUCUUAUUUCCCAUAAAAGGGUCCACUCAGGAGAGAAACCAUAUAAAUGCAUGGAGUGUGGAAAGACCUUUGCUCAGGCCACAGGUCUCAGAAACCACAAAAUGAUCCACACAGGGGAAAAACCAUUUAAAUGCAUGGAGUGUGGAAAGACAUUUGCUCAAAGAGGUAGUCUUAUUUCCCAUAAGAUGAUCCACACAGGGGAGAAGCCGUAUAAAUGCAUGGAGUGUGGAAAGACAUUUGCUCAAAGAGGUACUCUUAUUUCCCAUAAGAUGAUUCACACCGUAGAGAAACCAUAUAAAUGCACUGAGUGUGGAAAGACCUUUGCUCACAGCAGUGUACUUCGUUCCCACAAAAAGAUACACACAGGAGAGAAACCAUAUAAAUGCAUGGAGUGUGGAAAGAACUUUGCUGCCAGGAGUGGACUUACUAUCCACAAAAUGAUCCACACAGGGGAAAAGCCAUUUAAAUGCAUGGAGUGUGGAAAGACAUUUGCUCAACGUGGUCAUCUUAUUUCCCAUAAGAUGAUCCACACAGGGGAGAAACCAUAUAAAUGUACAGAGUGUGGAAAGACCUUU